AAUAACAAAACAUGAUUUGAAAUCAGAAUACCUGAUUUAAGUCAUUGUUUUGUACGAAAAUCAAUUCAAUAUGCUAAAUAAUUUGACUCGAAUACUAUUGUUGAAAGUUUAGUGGUGUUACGGACAGCACAGCGCUCGGUAAAUAUAUUUGUGAAGGAUAUUCGCCAUGGCACUUAUUAUUAAAGGAGCUGUUAAGUUGUACCACUAUUUGAAUGAGGAUAUUGCAGAUAAGAGGACACAAGACUGGCCUUUAAUCAGCUCGCCCUGGCCGGGGCUAGCGUUGUUAAUCUUCUAUUUGUUCGUUGUUUUGAAAUGGUUACCCAAUUAUAUGAAGAAUAGGCCUGCGUAUGAUCUUCGCGGUGUGAUAGCAGUAUACAAUGCAUUUCAAAUCGUAUUUUGUGCCUAUGUCGUAUAUUAUAGUUUAACUUUGGGCUGGCUGAACCAUUACUCACUUUUGUGCCAUCCAGUUGAUUAUGAAGCACACAGCAUCGAGUAUGCUUGGAAAGUGUGUUUUGGAUACUUUGUUAUAAAGUUUAUUGAUCUUUUAGACACGGUAUUUUUCGUUUUGCGUAAGAAACAGAAUCAAGUGUCUUUCCUGCACGUCUACCAUCACUUUGGCAUGGUAGGAGUGGCUUGGGGUAUGGUUAAAUGGGUUCCAGGCGGUCACAUAACAAUGUUGGUAACAGUGAAUUCGUUUGUCCACAUAAUAAUGUAUGCAUACUAUCUCCUAACGUCAUUGGACGAUUCCUUCAAGAAGUCAAUUUGGUGGAAAAAGUAUGUCACGCAAAUACAAAUUAUACAGUUUAGUUUGUUAUUAGCCCAUUUCUUGGCCCUGGCCUUGGCUCCGGAUUGUCCCUUUCCGCGCGUACCAGCCUACAUUCUCAUUCCGCAAAACCUCUUCAUGGUGCUAUUGUUCUGCGAUUUCUACUAUAGAGUUUAUAUCCAACCGAACAGAAUCACGAAGAGAAAAUAAUGUUCAAAUAGCUGUUGAGCUCAUAAGCAUUGUGAAUAAUAAAAUAUAAAUUUUAAAAAAAUCUUUAUAAGUUUUUUUAUAU